UAAUCGUUCCCACUCCAUCGACCGUUCUCCAUCUCUUCGGUUCGCCACACGAGUAUCGUGCAUUUCUCUUUCCGUGACCGGCCGUACUUGGUUAUCACCGUUGUCGUCGAUUGUUCUUCACGAUUCCAUCGUACCGUUGUUUUCAGGAUCGACGUUUCGUCGCUAUUAGACAAGAUGUUGCUGAUUCAACCGACGGAGGAGAUGUCGAAGCAGAUUCGCGUGGAGCUGAACGAAAAUGUCGCGACACGUGACAAAGACGUCGAAGUCAUCAAAGAAUGGCUGAGCAAACAACCGCACUUACCUGAGUUCGAUGACGAUUACAGGCUAAUGACGUUUCUUCGUGGCUCCAAGUUUUCCUUGGAAAAGUGCAAGAAAAAGCUGGAUAUGUAUUUUACAAUGAGAACCGCGAUCCCGGAGUUCUUCACUAACCGAGACAUCACCAGACCGGAAUUGCGAGAUAUUACCAAAAUUAUUCAGGUGCCUCCAUUGGCGGGUUUGACGGAAAACGGACGACGAGUAAUAAUUAUGCGAGGAAUCGACAAGGACUUACCAACUCCAAACGUAGCCGAAGUGAUGAAACUGGUUCUGAUGAUCGGCGAUGUGCGUCUGAAAGAAGAAUUAGUUGGUGUGGCUGGAGAUGUAUAUGUACUGGAUGCUAGUGUCGCGACGCCAGCCCACUUCGCAAAAUUCACACCAGCUAUCGUGAAAAAGUUCCUGGUCUGUGUUCAAGAAGCCUACCCGGUGAAGUUAAAGGAGGUGCAUGUGGUGAAUGUUAGCCCGCUGGUCGAUACUAUCGUCAAUUUCGUGAAGCCAUUCAUUAAGGAGAAAAUUCGCAAUAGAAUCUUCAUGCACAGCGACAUGAAGACUUUGUACGAUUAUAUUCCCAGGGAGAUACUACCAACCGAAUACGGCGGCGAUGCUGGACCAGUUCAAGCAAUUCAUGAAACCUGGGUGAAGAAAUUAGAAGAAUACGGUCCUUGGUUCGCGGAGCAGGAGUCAGUGAAAGCAAACGAGGCGCUUCGGCCAGGAAAACCAAAGACUCACGAUGAUUUGUUCGGUUUGGAUGGAUCAUUCCGACAACUGGUGAUCGAUUAAACCAACAACUCAUCCAGUUGUCGACCCAUGACAACUUCACCAACUACCAUCCCGGUGCUAAUACGAAGAAAAUGAGUUCGAAGAAGGGGAGGAGACAAUAUGUGCAUCCAUGUCAUGACGUUCAUCAACAAGAAACAUCAUGUUACUAAUAUGUAUAUUUUCGAUAUACAGUUUUCAAUUAUUUGUCUACGCAUAUGUAUAUCGAAUCUCCCAAAAGAUUUUCCUGACUAGAAAUUGAUUCAUCAGAUGUUUGAUAGAUUUUGAUGGAUACACCGUCGUUCUAUUCUUGCACAAAUUCGACGGUGAAAAAUUAUUAAUAGGAAUUGAUUGAUCUAAUUGAGAGCUGAGUAUUAGUUAUAGUAGAAUAGAUGUGGUUCUUUGCAGUUGAAUAAGUUCUAUUUAAUAGAAUUUUUGUUUAUAUCGAUCUCGUACAUAAUGGAGACAUACAUACAGUUAUCGAGCAGGUUGUAAAGCUUUAAAGUAAUGUUGAUGAUGCUUACAUUGCAUAUUUUUCUAUAUCUUUUUUCAUGUGAUGAAUAAAACAUUAUUUUAUUAGAUACAAA